AUGGCUGACAACCAGCGAAUCAAUCAGCUGACUGCAAGGAGAGCUACGAUGAUUGGCGCUCUGGGUCGGGCUGAGGCAUUUCUGGUGGACUACAACGCUCAGCGGGACGAACCUCAGGUACUAUUGAGGCUUGAGCAUUUAAACAGCAUUUGGGCUGCUCUGGAGGAAAUUCAAACCGAGCUGGAAACUGAAGCGACAGAUCAAGAAGGUAGGGCACAACAUGAUGCAGUCCGUGCUGAUUUCGAACCCCGGCUUUUUACAAUAAAGGCUUCAUUAAUUACUAAACUGCCUGCACUUCCUGGUAACGCUAGUAACCCCCGACCCCCGCAUGCUACUUCCGCUCUCUCUGGCAUUAAACUGCCUACUAUUUCGCUUCCUGAGUUCGAUGGCGACUAUAUGCAAUGGCUGACCUUUCAUGAUACGUUCUUGGCUUUAAUCCACAACAACGCUGAUGUUCCACCUAUUCAGAAGUUCCAUUACUUGAGAGCAGCCGUCAAGGGGGAGGCUGCUCAAUUGAUCGAAUCCAUCGCAAUUUGCUCCGCUAAUUAUAUUCUUGCUUGGGAAGCUCUCGUGGGACGGUAUUCCAACGAAUAUCUACUGAAGAAGCGACACCUUCAGGCACUCUUCGACAUUCCACGCAUGAAGAAGGAGACUGCAGCAACGCUUCACGGAUUGGUAGAUGAGUUCGAGAGACACACGAAGAUUCUUCACCAGUUGGGAGAACCGACGGAUGCCUGGAGCACCAUCCUUGAGCAUUUAUUGUGCACGCGACUACACGAUGACUCUCUGAAGGCCUGGGAGGACCACGCAUCCACAACGAAGCACCCGAAUUUUGCUUGCUUGAUCGAUUUUCUCCAGCGUAGAACCCGCGUGUUGGAAUCGAUCUCCGUUAAUCACCAUCAAUCUACAAGUGCGACUAAUGACGGUGCGUCCACCAGUCAGUUCCGGAGGCAUUCCCAGUUUCGUUUGUCGUCCUGCGCAUCCACCGCUAGCCCGUCGUUCAAGUGCCCCACGUGCAGCCAAUCGCAUUCUCUGGCAAGGUGUGGCAAGUUUAAUAGUAUGUCUGUGAAUGAUCGGCAGCAAUUUGUAAAUCUGAAGCGAUUGUGCCACAAUUGCCUGAGAGGAGAUCACAUGGUACGUCAAUGCCCCUGUGAUAUGAAUUGCAGAAAAUGUAACCAGCGCCACCAUACUCUUCUGCAUACGGGCCAAACCGCCGGCCCAAAGAAGUUCAGCAACGACGCGACUUCUCGUUCAAUUAAUUCCAUCGAGCCUGCUGUCAAGGCUACUUCGUCGUCUACUAACGUAAUCUCCGAGCAAACCAUUGUUGCUGCUGCUGAAGAUGUUUCGAUUGUUAGUGCUUCCCUUCAGCAACCUCGUGAAAACGUUUUCUUAUUGACCGUCAUCGUCAACGUCGUCGAUGCUUAUGGGCAGCAUCACCCUGCACGCGCUUUACUGGACAGCGCAUCGCAGCCAAAUCUGAUCACCAACCGCAUGGCUCGUAUUCUCCGCUUAAAGAAGCAUCCCGUCAACGUUACUGUCCAAGCAGGCCCGUAG